GCGGGGACCAUGUUCCGGGACCCGUUGUCGCCUUGCUGCUGCUGCUGAGGAGGAGGCGGCUAAAUUUGAGAAGUUGCGGGUUCGGCAUCGUUCGAUUUGGAGGAGGAGCGCCAUGGUAGCAGCAGUGCAGUUAGGAGGAGGAGGAGAGACGGCGGAAGGACACGAGGUGAGCUGUCCGCGGGGCGAGCUUCGUUCUGUGGUGUUGGGCGGAUGGAUGGCAGCGGGCUUGGUUGCUGAUGAGAAAUAGACGUGCAGUUGUGGCAGGUGAAAGCUCGCGGGCAGAGUCAGAGUAGUGGAAGAGGAGCGACGGAGGCUCUGGCCCGAGCGAUUGUGCUGGGGCCCGAUUGGAGCUCUGUUUGGAGGAGGAGGAGGAGGAGGAGGAGAGGAAAGGAGUCGUGGCGGAGGGCAGCACAUGACUGUGACGUCGAAGAGGAGGUGGAGGACGCAGUGAUAGGCGAGGAAUCAUGGGAUUCGGAACAGGUGCCCUGGUCUUGCAGCAGACUUCCGUAGCUGCUCCUAGAUUUGCCAGCAUUUCGCAGGUGAAUGGCUCCAGCCUCGACGCAUUUCGGAAUGGCGCGGAUCUUCCUCUCUGCUCCCAUCUUCAAAGCCAUAGGAACGGCAUAGCUCAAGGAUCGGGCCAGGCAGGGUUUGCGACAACGCGUUCCAGCAACAAAUUGCUUCAGACUCGCAUUGACUCGGAAACUUCUCGCGUUGUGGCGAAAAUUCGCAAGGGCAAGAAGAGCGCAGAAACUGAAUACCCUUGGCCAGAGAAGCUCAAAGGAGAUGAACAAGAAGGUUACUUGGAAUUUCUCUCCGGAUUCAAGCCUCUUCCUACCAAGCCUAAACCUGUCACCCUUCCGUUCGAGCGACCUCUCGUCGACCUCGAGAACAAAAUUGAUGAGGUGCGAGAGCUUGCAAAUAAGACGGGCAUGGAUUUCAGCGAGCAAAUCAAGGAGCUGGAGCAGAAAUACGAUCAAGUUCGUCGCGAUUUGUAUCUGCAUCUGACCCCGGUUCAAAGACUCAGUGUCGCGCGCCACCCGAACAGGCCGACGUUCUUAGACCAUGUUCUGAACAUUACCGACAAGUGGGUAGAGCUCCACGGAGAUCGGGGUGGAUAUGACGACCCAGCGUUGGUGUGCGGUAUUGGGAAGAUCGAAGGAAUGAGUUUCAUGUUCAUGGGUCACCAGAAGGGUCGUAACACGAAGGAGAACAUCUACCGGAACUUCGCUAUGCCGACGCCUAAUGGUUAUAGGAAGGCUUUAAGAAUGAUGAGACAUGCGGACCACCACGGGUUCCCCAUUCUCUCUUUCAUUGAUACACCGGGAGCUUACGCCGGUAUCAAAGCCGAAGAACUUGGUCAAGGAGAGGCCAUCGCACACAAUCUGCGUGAGAUGUUCGGGCUUAGGGUUCCAAUCAUCACCACUGUCAUUGGUGAGGGAGGCUCUGGUGGAGCUCUGGCCAUUGGUUGUUGCGACAAGAUGAUCAUGCUCGAGAAUGCUGUUUACUACGUAGCAAGCCCGGAAGCCUGUGCGGCUAUUUUAUGGAAGACAGCGGCUGCAGCUCCAAAAGCAACAGAGGCCCUACGCAUUACUGGAAUGGAGCUUAUGAAAUUGGACGUUGUCGAUGAAGUUAUCCCAGAACCACUGGGAGGAGCCCAUUCUGAUCCAGUGUUGACAUCAAAGAAUAUCAAAGCAACUAUCUUGAAGUACAUGAAGGAGUUGUUGAAGCUGGACCCUGAGACCUUGAUGAAACAGCGAGUUGCAAAGUUCCGACAAAUGGGUGCUGUCGAGGAAGGAGUAGAAGUAGAUGCACACAUCAAGCGCAACAUGAAGAAGCGCGAAGCACCAUUGGGCAGUGAGGAUCCCAGAUUGCUCACGAGCGGACUGCAACAAUCACUCGAUGUCAAAAUCAGUGCCGUCGAAGGAACCACAAGUCACGUGAAUGCUUCUGCCACUCGAUCGGUCGAAUAGGAAUUUUAGGGACAUAGGUGUUUCUUUUCUGUUCGGGUUUCCUCUACUCCGAGAGGUCUGUACUCUAGUGAGAUUAAAAAGCAAGACAUGAAAAGUCAUUAGCUCAAUACUUUAGACAUUAUUUGACAGGGCUCUAUCCUGAAUGACUGUUAGAAAGGGAUCCCACAACUCACCCUUGUCUUCAUCGACCAUAGAGAAGCAUUCCACUUGACAUGAACUUGAUUGAAACUGGAAUGGUGCAGGCCUACUUCGUCUUCGACAUGCAAGUAAAUUGAUAGGUUAGCAAUGUACACCUGGCUUCCAUAGUUAUAUAGGGGCAAGUGGCCCUGGGAUUAUGAAGGUCCCCACAUGCUCUGAUAGUUACGCCAAUGUAUGAGGCUACAUGUACAACAAUAGGCCGGCACAAUUUUUUUAGAGUUAAAUGCUCAGCGGCCAAGGAGGUUGCCGUCAAAUAAUUUGAAUGGAUAAAGAAUCUGUUGUCCUG